CAUCUGGCAGAUUUUUCCGACUUGAUUUUAUUUCUGUGUAGAUCAAGUAGCACUUCAGGAAUGGACAGUAAUUUUUUAAGCUUAUUUUGCCCUUUUUCUGCAACCUGUCUCAGUGUCCAAUAUGUAUCUUCCUUUUUUUAAAAAAUGUUUUUUUUUUCUAUAUUAAAUAACUCCUUCCUCAGGUAAGAUAAAUUGUGACUUCUUAUUUAUCAGACUUGUGCUGUAUUUGCUUCAAAAUCUGUUUCUCUUAAUGAAAAGGAGUUACUUCUUAAUCAGCUUAACUAGUCUAUCACUGUUGUGGGGUUUUAUGGGGUUAUUUUUGGUUGUUUUUUUUUCUAAACUCACAUGUUUCCUAAUAGUUGUAGAAUACAGAUCAAUAACAAACAUAGACUGUGGAUGAUGCCAAGAUGGUUUUCAGUAGGUUGUCACACACAACAAAGGGGGGAAAAAUGGAGCUCUCAUUUUUAGAGGUUUGUUUCUGAAACUUGGAGCUAUUUGUGGUGGUCAGAACCUGUUUUGAAGAGGUUGGUGAAGUAAUAUUAAAUGUUCUUUUCACUUGAAGUCGCUUAAGUUGAUGCUCAAAAAAUACACGACAAAGGAAAUCCUCUGUUCUCUUUGGUGUUUGCUACCUAAAUGAAUAACAUAUGAUCUUUCCCAAAGGGAAGCUGAAGAAUCCAAAGCAAGUCAUAAAGUAAAAUGAAAAAUUAUCAUUACUGGUGUUCAGCUGACUAGUUCAAAUUGGAGGCAUUCCGUGUUAUUAGAUACAUUUCACUCAUUUAUGACUUCUUUUUCUUUCUUCGUCACCUCUGCAGCAACUCUUGCAAUGUGUAUCAUAUUAUUUUAUUCAUGCGAGUUCAGUGUCAAUAGCCCCAAAUUGAAGGAUUUUACAGUUUUGCUUUUUUUUUUGGUUGAAGUAGUACAAAAUGUCAAAAAUUAGAAGGAAGGUCACAGUGGAAAAUACCAAGACCAUAUCCGAUAGCACAUCCCGAAGACCCAGUGUGUUUGAAAGGCUUGGACCCAGCACUGGAAGUACUGCAGAGACACAGUGCCGUAACUGGCUGAAGACUGGCAACUGCCUCUAUGGGAACACAUGUAGAUUCGUACAUGGCCCUUCACCACGAGGUAAAGGCUAUAGCAGCAGUUAUAGAAGGUCACCAGAAAGACCCACUGGAGAUCUUCGGGAAAGAAUGAAGAACAAACGUCAAGACGCUGAGGCAGAGCCACAGAAACGAAGUACAGAGGAGUCAUCCUCUCCCGUUAGGAAAGAGUCUUCACGAGGAAGACAUAGAGAAAAGGAGGAUAUCAAAAUUACAAAGGAGAGAACCCCAGAAAGUGAAGAUGAAAAUGGAGAUUGGGAAACAAAUAGAGAAGACUCUGAUAAUGGAGAUGUUAAUUAUGAUUAUGAUCAUGAGCUGUCUUUGGAAAUGAAGCGCCAAAAGAUUCAGAGAGAACUCAUGAAGUUGGAACAGGAAAAUAUGGAGAAACGAGAGGAAAUAGUCAUUAAGAAAGAGAUUUCUCCAGAGGUGGUUAGAUCUAAGUUGUCACCAUCACCAAGAAAGUCUAGCAAAUCUCCAAAACGAAGAUCCAGUCCCAAAUCAUCUUCUUCAGCUAGUAAGAAAGAGAAGAAAGCAUCUACAGUAUCUUCCCCACUUUUGGAUCAGCAGAGGAGUUCUAAAAGUAACCAAAGUAAAAAGAAAGGUCCUCGUACCCCUAGUCCUCCUCCUCCAGUACAAGAGGAAACUCCCCUGGGGAAAAAACACAAAGAAAAACAUAAAGCAAAAGAACGUUCAGAAGAAAAGACAAGAGAGGUGAAAGAGAGAGGGCGUGACUUUGACAGGCACAAGGAGAAAAAAGAGAAGCAGAGGGAUCCCUCUGAAAGCUCUCAUAGGCAGAAGCGUUCUCCUAGUCCUGCAGAUCAUUCUGGCAGUAAUUCUUCCCCUUCCAGGGAAUAUUCACCACCUGCUGCAAGGCGGAAACAAACCUCCCGAGCUCCAGCCAAGUCAACUACUCACAAGCAUAGCUUUUCACCCUCUCGCAGGUCUGCUUCCCCAUCAGGUCAGCAUCAUUCUCCCAUAUCCUCCAGACAUCACUCCUCUUCAUCACAAUCAGGCUCCUCUGUUCAAAGACAUUCUCCUUCUCCACAUCGCAAAAGAACUCCUUCUCCAUCCUAUCAAAGGACAGCUUCCCCGCCUGCGAGGCGAUCAUCUUCUCCCUACCCCCCACAUACUUCCUCUUCUCCUCAGAGGAAGCGAAGCCCUUCAAGACAUCGAUCUCCUGGAAGAGAAAAGGGAAGACAUGAUCGUGAUCGGACUUCACAGUCUCAUGACAGGCGCCAUGAAAGGCGGGAUGAAACCAGAGGAAAAAGGGAAAAAGAAAGAGAAACAAGAGAUGAUCGUGAUUAUGACCAGGAGCAGAGUACCUCCAGGGAUCACAGAGAUGACAGAGAGUCUCGUGAUGGAAGAGAUCGGAGGGAGACAAGAGACAACAGAGAUCGGAGGGAGACAAGGGAAUCCAGAGACACUCGAGACUCCAGAGAUACGAGGGAUUAUAGCAGAGAUACCAAAGAUAGUCGUGAUCAGAGAGACUCACGCUCCACACGCGAUUCCCAUGACUACAGAGACAGAGAGAGUCGUGAUGCCCAUAAAAAGGAUGACCAGUAUCAGGAGGACUCACGCAGCUACGGAAGAUCCCAUGGUAGAGAGGAGAGCUCUCGUGCUGAAACAAGGAAUGACUCCAGAAGUGACUCUAGAAAUGAGAGCAGGAGUGAUAGAACUGGCAGAAGUCGAGGCAGAGGUCCAGAAUUAUCUGACAAGGGAAGUCGGGGCACUAGAGGAUCGCAGGUUGAUGGUCACAGCAGUAGUGGAAACUACCAUGACAGCUGGGAAUCAAGGAGUAGCUACGCUGAUCGGGAUCGCUAUGAUAGUCGAGAACAAGCAAGGGAUUCCUCCUUUGAAAGAAGACACAGUGAACGGGACAGGCGGGACAACAGAGAAAGAGAUCAGAGAGCAAGUUCACCAGUACGACAUCAAGGACGAAGUGAUGACCUUGAGCGGGAUGAAAGGAGAGAAGACCGAAGGGUAGAUCGGUCUGAUGACAGGAGAGAUGAAAGGGCCCGGGAGAGAGAGCGAGAAAGGGAGAGAGACCGAGAGAGGGAAAGAGAAAGAGACCGGGAAAGAGAAAGGGAAAAGGAAAGAGAGUUGGAACGAGAUCGUGCUCGGGAACGGGAGAGGGAGAGGGAACGGGACAAAGACAGGGACCGUGAGCGUGACCGAGACAGGGAUCAUGACAGGGAAAGGGAACGAGAGAGGGAGAGGGAGAAGGAACGAGAGCGAGAGCGGGAGGAACGUGAAAGGGAGCGGGAGCGGGAAAGAGAUCGAGAGCGGGAACGAGAAAGGGAGAGAGGUCGAGACAGGGAUAAAGAAAGAGACCGCCAGAGAGACUGGGAUGACAAAGAAAAAGGAAGGGAUGACCGCAGGGAUAAGAGGGAAGAUAUCAGAGAAGAAAGAAGUUCAAGAGAUGUUCAUGAGGAAAGAAAAUCCAAGAAGCGCCACAGAAAUGAAAGCAGUCCAAGUCCUCGUCAGUCACCCAAACGUCGCCGGGAGCACUCUCCUGAUAGUGAUGCUUACAACAGUGGAGAUGAUAAAAAUGAAAAGCACAGACUUCUGAGCCAGGUUGUGCGGCCACAGGAAUCCCGGUCACUGAGCCCCUCUCAUGUCACAGAAGAGCGGCAGAGUCGCUGGAAAGAAGAUGAGAGGAAAUCAGACAGAAAAGAAAGUUCCCGGCGUUAUGAAGAACCAGAGUUUAAAGAGAGGGUUUCUUCAGCAGAUAAGCAAAGAGAACAACCAGAUUCUUCAGAAAGCUCCCGGUCUAGGGUUCAGGAAAAUCUUGGACACCGGCCCUCUGAAGAAAGAGAUGGUUCUGAUAGACUGCAUGAUGACAGCAAGAAGAAGUCUAAAAUACAGAAAAAGGCCACAAAGAAGAAGAAGGAUGAUGACAGUGGGGUGGAAAGGUACGCUAAUGAGUCGACGACUGAGGAAAGCCAGGUCUUUUCACCCAAAAAAGGUCAGAAAAAGAAAAAUGUAGAGAAAAAACGGAAGAGGUCCAAGGGUGACUCUGAAGUUUCUGAUGAAGAAAUUGUUCCACAUCAUAAAAAGAAGAAAGGCCCGAGAACCCCUCCUGUAACAAAAGAAGAAUUGGUUGAAGCAGCACCUGGGAAAGCUGUGGCAGAAGUCUCCCAGAAAAGAGAAGAUACAACAUUUAGUGACUGGUCAGAUGAAGAUGUUCCUGAACGCAGUGAUGUUGUUCCAGAAAGAAGCACUGAGGAUUCCCAUAGAAAAAGUCACAGGACAAGGGUGGAAAAGGUGGAAGCCCCUCAUGUUACUAUAGAUGAUGGGCCACACCGUAAACCUGUGGAUCAGAAGCGCAGCAGCAGCCUAGGUAGCAAUCGGAGCCAUGCCUCCAGCAGACUUAGAUCCCCUUCCAAUGAGUCAGCUCAUCGCAGUGGAGAUGACCAGACUGGUCGGAAGAGGAUCCUGCACAGUAGCUCUAGAGACAGGGAUAGAGACAGGGACAGAGAGAAGAAAAGCUUAGAAAUCACUGGGGAACGGAAGUCCAGAAUUGAUCAGUUGAAACGUGGGGAACCCAGUCGCAGCACAUCUUCAGAUCGUCAAGAUUCAAGAAGCCACAGUUCAAGAAGAAGUUCCCCUGAAUCAGAUCGUCAGGUCCAUUCCAGGUCCGGGUCCUUCGACAGCAGGGAAAGGCUUCAGGACCGAGAUCGCCAUGAACAUGAUCGAGAACGAGAGAGAGACAGGAGAGAGGGAAGACAGAGGGACUGGGACCGAGAUGUUGACAAAGACUGGCCGAGAAGCAGGGAACGAGAGAGACUCAGAGAACGAGAAAGGGAGAGGGAGAAAAGACGGGAGCUGGACAGAGAGAGAGACAGACAACUACCUGAUACUUCUGAAAGAGAGAGAGACAGAACUCUUGACAUUUCCUCUCAAAAAGAAUCAACGAAACACAGUGAAACGAAACUGGACAGGGAUCAUGAAAAGGAAUUUGAUGGUGUUUGUCGGGAUUCAGCGGCUUCAGAGAAGGAAAGAACAGACAAAGAUUUAGGACCUUUACAAGGUUUUGAAGAUGCAAACGAGGCCGAAAAGGUUGAGAGUUUAGAAGGAGGAGAAGAUGAAGCAAAGAUUGAUGAUGUGCAGUCACUGGGGUCUGGUGCUGGAGAAUAUGAGCCAAUCAGUGAUGAUGAACUGGAUGAAAUUCUGGCAGGUGAUGCUGAAAAACGGGAAGAUCAACAGGAGGAUGAGAAGAUGCCUGGUAAAAAUCCUGUGGAUGUUAUAGAUGUAGAUUGGUCCAGUCUUAUGCCAAAGCAGCCAAAAGAACCACGGGAGCCUGGGGCUGCCCUCUUAAAAUUCACACCGGGUGCUGUUAUGUUGAGAGUUGGCAUUUCCAAACGAUUGGCAGGACCAGAACUCUUCACCAAAAUUAAAGAGACCUGCCAGAGAGGAAUAGAAAAACCUAAAGAUGCUGAAAACCUUUUUGAACAUGAACUGGGGGCCUUGAACAUGGCUGCACUUCUACGAAAAGAGGAGAGAGCAGGUCUUCUCAGUAAUCUGGGUCCUUGCUGUAAAGCCCUGUGCUUUCGAAGGGAUUCUGCAAUUCGUAAGCAGCUAAUGAAGAAUGAAAAGGGUGCAACAAAACAAACUUACACAAAUUCUGCAGCAAUGGACAGUGACUUGUUACGGUUGAGUCUACGGUUAUUCAAACGAAAGACUGUGUGCCAAGUUCCUGGGCAGGAAAAGACAGAGGAUAGUAAAAUUCCACAACCAACUGUCCAGCAAGAAGUGUGUGUAUCUUAAGCGAGUGACCACGAUGGCACUUUCUGUUUGAUUUCCCAACUGCCAUUGUGGGUGUUGAUGUUUAAAACUGUUUGGUUGGAAAGCAACUGUAGAAGAUGGAAGAAAAUACUGCGUUUGUACACAAAUAAGAAUUACUUGGUUUGGAUGCAAGUAAAGGGGUACAAAAUAGACUUCUGUGUGAAGUUCUCUGCAAGUUUUAUAAUAUUGAAUCUUACCCUGUAACAAACCUGUUUUGUGGUAUAUCGAGUGUAAUAAUGUGAAGAUGUCUGGUUUUAGCAGUUUAUAAUACCACCUGAUAUUAAACCGAAGAAAACUGUCUGUGUAUCUUUUUCCUCGUUAUAAAUGGGUUUUUCUGCCACCACCCUGGUCUCAAUACAUGUCUCAGAUUUCUUUAA